AUGGCUAUUCGACCUCCUGCUACUUCACUUUCCUCACCGUCUGAAGGGAUAUGUUACUCUACAUCAUAUGGAAUAACAAGCAACUCAAUCAAACUUCAGAUUGAUGGGCGAAGAUGGCAUGACCUUGCCAGCACAAGGUUCAAAAGUUCAUUUUUUGGAUCGCCACACUUCCUUUGGCUAUCCACAGGGCAUGAUCAGUGCCUUUCAAAGGUUAAUGUUGCUGCAGACUAUUCAGAUUCUAUACCUGAUUCUUCUGAUCACAUGGAUAAACAAGGUUAUCAUCCUCUUGAAGAACUGAAAGUUUCUGAUGAUAUAAAGCCAACUAGACUCUCUCCUCCUGAAAUGGCAAAAACAACUGUAGAGGCUAAUAAAAACGCCUUGCUAGUAUUUCCUGGAAUGGUACACUGUGAACCACAUGAGCAGAUUUCAUGGGCUGAGUUUCAAUAUCAUAUUGAUGAUUUCGGAGAUAUAUAUUUUGAAAUCUUUGAUGAUGCAAACCUUUUGGCAGAUCGUGGAGCUAACAAUCCUGUGAAUGUUUUGAUUGGAAUGGACAUCCCAAUAUAUGAUAAUAACAGAAGGACUGCUAGCGAGUAUGACAUUUUCAAUAAUGGCAAGGAUGACGAAUUUGCAUUUGAUGAUGAUGAUGCUAUUGAGGUCUCAGAAAUGGAGGAGUUUAACAUAUCAGUGAAUUGGGGACAUCCUGACACUACAAACUCUAUUCAUCCAAUCUAUUUCUCAAAGUGCUUAACAAAGGCUGUCAACAACACGGGAUAUGUUAAAAGAAUGAACCAUCCUUCAAAUGGUGUUUCUAUUAUAGGGUUCCUUAGACCCGUUUAUGGUGAAGAAAAGUCAUAUCUAAGAUGGAUGUAUCACACUGAAGAUGGUGCUGUAUACAUCUCUGACUGGAGAGAUUCUUACUCAAAUAGUGUUGAUGACCAAGGAGACAGUAAUUUGACACUAUAUCGGUUAGAGAUACUCAAAAUUGAGCUCUACUCCAUGUAUGGAUAUCAGGCAUGUGUCUCAAAACCGUCUGAAAUUAGUGUUCUAGAGUUUCAAGAUGCUGAACCUGAUAUUCUUGCACACUCUUCUUCGGAAAUUCUGGAACGCUUCAACCGGUUCUGUGAUGAUGAUCUUAAAUCACUUUGCAGAAAGAAAGGUCUUGAUGCUGAGGGAGCUUUCCUGGUUGGGGUUGACAGCCUUGGCGUGGAUGUUAGAGUAUUUUCAGGUGCAAAAGUAAAAACUCAUCGCUUUCCAUUCAAAGUUCAGGCUGCCACAGUAAACGCAGCUGCAAAACAAAUUUGGCAACUCUUGUUUCCCCGGUCUCAACGAAAGAAGAAUAUGAAGAAGUGGCGGAGUACCAAUUUGGAGGCUGCUGCCACUGGAGUUAUGGACGCUGGGCUUUGA